AUGGGACUGGGCAAAUACCUACUCACGCGGGUCCCAACUUUGGUGCCUCCCAUGAACCCGGCGCCCAACCCCUUCACAGCCCUCUCACUCUUGAGUCGGAAACAAUGGCUCUUUUUUGGGGUCGCCUUCUUCGGCUGGACCUGGGAUGCCUUUGAUUUCUUUACCGUUUCCUUGACCACCACGCAGCUCGCAAAAACCUUUGACAAGACGGUCACCGACAUCACCUGGGGCAUUACCCUCGUGCUCAUGCUUCGGUCCGUGGGGGCCAUUACCUUUGGAAUUGCGGCCGAUCGCUGGGGUCGCAAGUGGCCCUUUAUCGUGAAUAACCUCUUGUUCAUUGUGUUGGAGCUGGGCACCGGGUUCUGUCAGACAUACCGGCAGUUUCUGGGCUGUCGCGCUCUCUUCGGGAUUGCCAUGGGCGGGCUGUACGGCAACGCAGCCGCCACCGCGCUCGAGGACUGUCCCAUGGAGGCACGCGGUCUAGUGUCCGGGUUGCUCCAGCAGGGGUAUGCGUUUGGAUACUUGCUAGCCACGGCUUUUGCGCGCGGAUUGGUGGAUACCACCCCCCACGGAUGGAGGCCAUUGUACUGGUUCGGAGCAUGCCCUCCGGUGUUGAUCAUCAUCUACCGGCUGUGCCUUCCUGAGACCGAUGCCUUCCUUGAGCGCCAGGCAACCCGGGAAAAUUUCCAUGGCGGAGUGACUGCCACAUUCAUGUCUGAAGGCAAAACUGCGAUCAAGAGGCACUGGCUGCUCCUGGUAUAUCUAGUUCUGCUUAUGGCGGGAUUCAAUUUCAUGUCUCACGGUUCCCAAGAUCUGUACCCGACCAUGUUGGAGAACCAAUUCAACUUCUCGGCCAACGCCGUGACAGUCACCCAGGUGGUGGCCAACCUGGGGGCCCUCAGUGGCGGCACGCUCUGUGGAUGGGCGAGUCAGAUCUUUGGUCGACGGUUCUCUAUCAUCGUCAUGGCUGUCAUUGGGGGAGCCCUGCUGUACCCGUACACGUUUGUGACGUCGACCAACGUGAUGGCGGCGGCGUUCUUCGAACAGUUCUGCGUGCAAGGAGCGUGGGGGGUGAUUCCGAUCCACUUGAUGGAGCUGUCUCCGGGUUCGAUCCGCACAUUUGCGGUGGGCACGGCGUAUCAGCUGGGCAACCUGGUAUCGUCGGCCAGCUCGACGAUCGAGUCGACGAUUGGGGAGCGAUUCCCGCUGCCGCCAACGGAUGAGGGGACGAAGCGGUACCAGUACGGCAAGGUGAUCUGCAUCUUCAUGGGGUGUGUGUAUGGAUAUACGAUCCUGGUGACGUUACUGGGACCAGAGCGCCUGGGACGUCAGUUCGACGUGGCGCACGAUGCGGACAUGGCGGCUGUGGCCGCGCACCGGGGAACCGUGGCCGACGGGGCGGAGAGCGACCCGGAGAAGGGUACGGCCCGAACGCUGGAGGGAUGA